GCGAACUCUUGAAUGUAAUGGAUUUACCAUAUUGAUUUGGUUCUUUCAGUACUUGUCAAUAUGGAAGUUCUAUACAGUAUUGACAUCGAAGGUGACAAUAAGCAGAAGGACUGGUUGACGGAAGAAAAAUUAUGUUGCUGCUUGUCAUGCCAGAAUCUGAUGUGCAUUUGUAAACAAAGCACCAGCACUUCUGAUAAGGACAUGAAGGAUGCCACGGGAAAGUUCAAUGCGAUAUAUGAAGUGAUUGUAUUUGACCUGGACAAGCCAUGGGAAUUUUUCACAGUAAUGACAAGUGCUGUGUCUAUAACUGGGAUGACGUGGGACAGGACAGGUACACGUCUUCUGAUUGCAGACAUGGAUGGGCAGUGUCAGGUGUGGCAGAUGGAGGAUUUCUUCAUCAACAGGUGGAAGUUAUUGGGAAGUUCAUCAAUUUCUGGAGAAGAGAUUUUGGCUAUGGCAUGGUUUCAUACUGGUGUACAGAUAAAUUUCAAUCCUGAGAAGAGGGAUGCUGUAACAUACACUGAAAAGUUUCUACGCUCCAAGUUCACACCGACCUUGACACAGUUCGGUGGUCAGCCAUUAGAUGGUUGGUUGGCUGUAACAGCAACAGGACUGAUUAGUGUUGGUGUGAUCAAUCAACAGGACCAGAGUAUCAUGACAUCACAGACAAGUCUUGGUGGCAGUCACCUACGCCUCAGUCUAGCAACCAUUGCUCACACAGGCACAGGUGAGGUGAUGGUGGCCACAGCUGACGGCCAGCUCUCCUCCACCAUUCAGUGCUUCUUAGUGACAGUCCGGGUUACACAGAAUGCUGUCAAGGUCAUGGCCAAGGCCAGUUCUAGUCUCUACAUGAAGAGUCAGAUGGAUUAUGGAGCACAGGAUAGUCAGAAGAUGAUGGUGUCCCAUAUACAGUUCCUCAAUGCAGAGAGCAGCGACACGCUGAUUCUGUGUUGUGGUAGUCAGGGCUACAGUUGCCUGGAGGUCUGGCAGCUUAUCGAUCAACACAUCCCACUUAACAAACUGUUUCAGAUGAGUUCAGGACCAGACACUGCCUACAAGAUCCCAAAGUGGAUGCACAAGGCGACUAUCCCUCAUGCAUCCUAUCUGUCAGCCAUUGCUGGGCCCACCUUGCCCAUGAGUAAGACAUUUAUGGAAACUGGCUUCUCUCCUUACAUCGCUGUGGCAUACAGAGAUAGCACUAUCAAGCUGAUCCACCGUUACACACACCAGGUCAUUCACACAUACUUUGAUGCACUUGGUGCUUCCAAUCAAUGUAUUAGUCCCACCAAACGACAAAAACUCACCAUUCAUGCUUCUAACAUGAUUCAAACAUUGAGUGGGUGUGGCCUGGUGGCAUUGCAUGAUGGGAAGGUGUCAGUGUUACGUGUGUACAAUAUGCGUGAUGGACUAAUGGCAAUGAAUCCAUCUUAUGUGUGUCUGCUGCUGGAAUAUGCUAUGGUAACAGGACAGGAUUGGUGGGAUGCCAUGCUAGCAGUCAAACAAAAUACUAUUGAUGGAAUCAGUCAGAAAUUAACUGAGAAUUAUUUUAAGCAAACCUACUCCAUGCAGGACGUGGUCAGUAUCCGCCUUGUUGCUCUUAAGGUGGCGCUUUAUAGUAGUGCCAACAAUGGCCACCAGAGGGCCAUGGACUACCAUGCUCGUCUGGUGCUGCAGUCCAUCACAGCCUUAUUCAGGGGACUACUGCGACCAAAGUCAGCCAACCAACAAGAAAAGACACCGGCUGAAAAGCUAGGAGCCCUGUGUAAAACAACAGACGGCAAUCUGGAGAACAUCCUGCUUAACCUGGAAAUUGAGGAUUUCCUUAUAGAUUCAAGGAAAAGAGAGAAACCUCAAGGAUCUGGAGAAAGUGCACUCCAGUCCCUACAGCCUCUGAUCCAGUGGGUAGCUGACUUUACUCUUCAUCUGCUUGCCACUAUUCCAAUGUAUCAGUCCUACUCAAGCUUCCCAGGGUCCUCCCUACUCACUGAUCGCAGCUUAUUAAAUACACUUCGUGAACUUCUGGUAAUCGUGCGUGUGUGGGGCAUUAUAAGCCCAUCCUGUCUGCCUGUCUUCACAACUUCUAGUACAGACUGCCUAGCUCACCUGUUCAAGGUUGUUACAAAGGCAUGGCAGUGCUGUAAGGAAGGAGGUGGGGUUGAGUGUGACGAUGCCCUCCUUGACGAAUGUUGUCUUCUUCCCAGUAAAAUUGUCAUACCCAGCAUGAACCAGAGCUUUCGAUUGGACGAUUCAGGUUACAGUAUAUUUACACAACCAGGAUCUCAGAUUUUCAGUUUGGGUGAGGAACCAGAGUUUAUGUAUAACAGAAAGAAACUUAAAUUUCCAUUCUUGUCCGAUGUGCUAACGGAAAGUCAACAAAAUCAUGACAUCAUACGACAAGUACACCUUGGUGCUCGCCCAUCUGAGGCAGUGAGAAAGUGCACGAGGUGUGGUGGAUAUUCUCUGAUCAAAAGUCUUGGCAAAUCUCCUAUAAUGAAAUCAUGGGAGGCUCGAUGGAGAAAAAACUGUUUGUGUGGGGGGCUCUGGAAGGUAGAGAAAUGACAAAUUACUCAACACUAGUAAUUAGUACUUCCAGACUGUUCUCAUUUCUAGAUACAAGAGAUUUAGCAAAACGAACGAUAAAAAAAAAAUGUGGAAUGAUGGACUGUGUUUAAAGGAUAAUCAUGGUUCAUUAGGAGGUUUUUAUGUAUCAAUCAGCUCAUCAUUCAUCUUUCCAUUGGUUCCAUCAUGAUCACUAAUCAUGACACUACAGCAGAUAUGAAAUGUGCAAACCUGUAUUGAAAUGUCAAUCAAAUGCGAAAAUAAAAUGAUCAAUAUCA